CUCGGCGGCCGAGCUGGUGCGCUCCGCGCCGGGCCCGCUGCAGCCCUACCUGCGGCUCAUGCGGCUGCACCAGCCCGCCGGGACGUGGCUGCUGUACCUGCCGUGCACCUGGAGCAUCGGGCUGGCGGCCGAUCCCGGCUGCCUCCCGGACUGGCACAUGCUGUCCCUGUUCGGCGUGGGGGCCGUGCUCAUGCGGGGCGCCGGCUGCACCAUCAAUGACAUGUGGGAUCGCGACUUUGACAGAAAGGUUGCAAGGACAGCAAGUAGACCCCUGGCAGCUGGAGAUAUCUCCACUUUUCAGUCCCUUGUUUUUCUCGGGGGACAGCUUAGCUUGGCACUCUGUGUGCUUCUGUGUCUGAAUUACUACAGUAUUGUUCUGGGAGCAGCCUCUUUGUCUCUUGUGGUCACCUACCCUCUGAUGAAGAGAAUAACAUAUUGGCCACAGCUGGUUUUGGGACUUACAUUUAAUUGGGGAGCCCUUCUUGGCUGGUCUGCCAUCAAAGGGUCGUGUGAGUGGUCCGUGUGUUUGCCCUUGUACUUGUCUGGAGUCCUGUGGACGCUGGUAUACGAUACCAUUUAUGCACAUCAGGAUAAGAAGGAUGACAUCAUGAUCGGUGUGAAAUCAACCGCGUUACAGUUCAAGGAGGAUACAAAACAGUGGCUCAGUGGCUUCAGCCUUGCCAUGCUCCUGAGUUUGUGCGUGGCAGGGAUGAAUUGUAACCAGACGUUCCCGUAUUACUCAGCUGUGGCUGCUGUAGGGGCUCACCUAGCACACCAGAUUUACACUUUGGACAUAAAUAAGCCUGAAGACUGUUGGAAGAAAUUUGCUUCAAAUCGUACUGUAGGAAUUCUGCUCUUUACAGGGAUUGUGCUUGGAAAUUUGUGGAAACAAAAGGAUUUAAAAAAUGUAGAAGAACCUUUAGAAAACAGAUAGUUGAAAUUAUUAUAAAUACUGAUAUUUUAGUCCUGCUAAAAUCUUGAACAACUGACACACUGACAAAA